UUCGUGCACGUCCUCCGUAACCUCCAAAGAAUAUGCGGCCGUGUUUUACGUCGGGGAAAAUUACACGUAUCGCAAAAACACACUUUAGUUCGCAUCCAGUCGCUGUUUCGUGUACGUGUUUUCAGUUUCCGGUUAUUGUGCUUGAACAACAAACAUUCUGGAACGCUGUUUGAUUCCCAACGAAGAAAGCGAGAACACAAUUGACAGAAGUUUCAAGACCAAAAACUAUCGCGAGUACUACCUGUUGCGAUAUUCUCGCACAAUGACAGAUUCUUUUUCGUAACAUUAUGAAACGUUGUGAUGCGCUUCAAGACGCCUGCAAUUGGGAAAAGAAUAACCGACCGUUCUCUACCGUUAAACCUGCGUUUUACGUUCGUCCGACUUCGACACGUUGAUCCGUCAAAGUUUUGAAAUUUCACUGCGUUCUUCGUUACGACGAUCAAUUUUUCAUGAUUUUUCUCGUUUGCCGAUCGUAAUAAACGAUUACACGAACUUUCUGAUUUCGUCACCCUUUCGCUAAAAAGAAUUACCCCGGUAACACGUCUAAAAUAACAGCGAUCUGAGAAUGUGAUAAACAGAAAUUUUGUACAUUCUUAAGAGCAAAUUAAGUCGAGCAGCUUUGGAAUAUUAUUCUUAUACUCUGUACGAGUAAACAUCCAGUUCAGAAUCUAUUGGACGAAAGAUAAAACUUUGAAAGACAAUGGAUAAUUCUACACCCAAGAGAUUUUUAGGUUUUAUUAAUGUUAUCAUUAGAGUUCCUCAUCUAUUCGUCAUAGAUGAAUUACUUAGAAUUGGAUUUGGACUACCUACUCAGAAUGUAGUCCUGGAUAGCACAGAGAAUGGUUUUAAAAUGUCAAAAAAUGUAGCAUCAACUGUGGAUACAAUGGCAUCUGUAACAUCCAAUUUGUUUGUCAUGGAAUCAUUUGACUUUGGGCACCUUGCCUAUAAGAUGUAUUUUAUGAUUGUACUGAAAUUUGUAUGCUGUUGUUUAGGAUUUAUUGCUGCAAUAUGUACAUUUAUGUUAUGGGCAAAACAUCUCAUAGUCGUGUACCUACAUUUAAUAUCCAUGGGAGUAAUAGUGCUAUCCCAUUGGUCAAAUGUUAGUACAAUAAAAGCUAUUACAGCAUAUGUGGAUGCACAUGGAUCCACGACUCAUAUACUCAAUGAUAUUUUGUGUUUCAAUAUAAAAUACAUCCUAAACGAAGGACCUGGGUAUGUGUUAAUUGAAAAUUACAUAUUGCAAUGCAUAUUAGCUAGCAUUUUUUGUUACACUCAUCUUGCCCCAAAACAUCCGAUUCUGCAAAAACUUCUUGUACUGAGUUUCAUGGCACCGUCUAUUUUGGCCAUUUAUCCGCUACCGACACAAUUCCUUCAGCACACCCCGGUCUUCGCGGCACUUCUUCCAAUGGCAGUAUGUAACUUCGUUUUCUGGUACCACGGCAUUACCAUGCUGAAGACAAUCUACAUGGGCUACCAACACACGAGCAACUUCAUAAAUCAUUACGGUUUGUCCGCGCUCGCGGAAACCGAAUGGAUACGAUUGAACGUCCCGUGCGUGUUGCGCACGUUUUGGCUGUUACGCGUCGGAUGCCAAGUCAUCGAGAUUCUUCUGAAUCAUUACGGCGAUGAAACGUUCACGUACUUCGGAAUGACGAAGACGCUGCUGAUAAGCGGCUGCGAGACCUUGACGGCGGUGCUGGGUAUGACAAGUAUAAUUUCGUUCAUUUGCCAUUACAUCGGCUGCUUCUUCCAAUGGGUGAUGCUCACCGAAGACUGGGACGAGAAGAGCAUCGGCACGUUGUCGGCGAUUUUGUUUUACAUUCUGGCUCUCCAAACCGGACUGACCAGCUUGGACGGGGAGAAACGUUUGGUGCGGCUCUGCUGUAACUUCUGUCUACUGUUCACCGCGGUUCUGCACUUCGUGCACAACAUCGUGAACCCUCUGUUAAUGUCUCUGAGCGCCUCUCACAAUCCGGCCCUUCAUCGGCACAUUCGCGCGCUGGCGGUCUGCGCGCUUCUGAUACUGUUCCCGGUUACGUUGCUCGUGUAUCUGUGGUCGCACUUCACCGUGAGUACGUGGCUUCUGACGGUGUCAGUGUUCAACAUCGAGGUGAUAGUAAAGGUGGUGGUCUCGCUCGCGAUAUACUCUCUGUUCCUGAUCGACGCGUACUGCAGCGUGUUCUGGGAACAGCUCGACGACUGCGUCUACAUUAUACGCUCGUUCGGCAACACCGUCGAGUUCGCUUUCGGUAUCAUCCUCUUGAUCAACGGGUUUUGGGUACUGGUGUUCGAGUCCAGCGGUGCGAUACGCGCCGUUAUGAUGUGCCUUCACGCUUAUCUGAACAUUUGGUGCGAGGCGAAGACCGGAUGGAGCGUGUUCAUGAAGCGUCGAAUGGCCGUGAACAAAAUCAAUUCCCUGCCCGAUGCAAAGGCGGAACAGCUUCAGUCGUUGGACGACGUGUGUGCCAUUUGCUACCAGGAGAUGCAGAGCGCGAAGAUCACCCUCUGCAAACACUUCUUCCACGGUAUUUGUCUGCGGAAAUGGUUGUACGUGCAAGACCGUUGCCCGCUUUGCCACAAAGUGUUGUACAAAGUCGAGAACGUGCAGAACAACAAGGGAAGCAGCGAAGUUAUCGUCGCUGAACAACCGACGCGAAGCAACAGCGAAGAUAACGUUCCCCAAACAGUAAACGAGGACAGGUGAAAAACUGCAUAGCUGUAUUGUGAUACUUCCGGAUACGGAUAGAACUAUUGCGAAUCGUAACAUUUAGAUCGAGAAGCAUCGAUCUUCGAAAAUCUUAUCGUCAAAGAUUUCAAUAUUUUUUUUUCUUUUUUUUUUUUUUCUUUUUUUCCCGCUCAAAUUUCGAUAUUCCGGAACACGAUGUACUUUUAAGAAUGGUCGAGCGUCGACGCCUCCUUGAUCGGUUCGCGGUCCGUCGGAAGAAGAAAUUUUAAUCGCCGUAAAAAAUGCUUCGAACGAUAUAAGUCACGCGGCUCGUAUCGUUACCGCUUGCAUAGUUUGCUUACCAAACUUUCUUUACGCAAAACCUAAAGUCUUUGGUUGUUGCGGACAAUGUAUCGCGGUAUCUAAGCUUCCAUCUUGCAAACACUUCCAUUUUUAAAACGAACGGCUGUCGACCUUACUGCGUUUAUCGAUUCGCGUCUGAAAGCUUUUAUCACUCUUUCCAUUAGAAUAAACGUCCCUGAACACGAAUUAGCCGAAUUACCGUGUUUCUCUCAAACCGUGUGAAUAGUUUAAUUUAAGCCUUCGAAAGACUGCAUCGAAUGAGAUGUGUUUCCAUUUUACGGUAAUAUCUAUGUAUCGUCGUCGAUCGUUUUGAUCCGGUAUCGAUUAGUUUUUUAUUUAUGGCUUUUUUUUUAGAAAAAAAAAGUUUCGUGAUAGAUCGUUGAGCUAGGCGGAAACGAUACACGAUAAUGGAGAAUCAUUUGUUGACGAAUGGCGGGCACGAGAUAUCGGGUGAAAGUACGGGGUGCAUAAAAAUUAUAUGCAAUGACUAUAUAAAUAGCUUCGUCAUAGAAAUUCAAAAUCAAACUUUGUUUCUAUCGAAUCACACUUUUUAGAAAAUGUGCAAUUGUUAUCAGAUUUGAUCGAGGAUGUUCCGCCGUCAACGUAUAAACAGGAAUUAUUAGGAACGA